UGCCAGGCAGUCGCAUCCACAUCAACCACAUCCACCACAUCAACCACAUCCACUCGCAUCAACCCAUACCACUCACAAUCCCAUCCAUCAUCCACCCACCAGCACCACCAGUGCGAUGGAGGUGAACAAGCUGGAGGAUGGGUCGCUGGCGCGGGCGUUGAGCUGGGACGAGCUGAGGACGUUGAUUGAGGAACAGCGGGUGGAGGUGCUGGGCAGAUCGACGCCGGAGCUGGCGCGGUACCGCGCUUGGCGAAAGGCGCUGACAAAGUGCUACAAGUCACCCACAGACCACCUGGCAAACGUGGUGUUUGGAUACCCCGUGCACGCGGACGCGGAGACGGGGCUGUUUGAGGUGGUGGUGCCGGACCCCGCCAAGCGCAGGCGGCGGUACAUCUUGCGUGACAACGACUUUCCAUACAACGUGGAGGACGGCAUCCGCCACUCCGUGCUAUGGGCAGAGAGCGGGGACCUCACCGACGCCAUCAUCCAAGAGCAGCUGGCCACGCUGCUGCUUGGCUGCCCAUACCUCUACUUUAUCAAUCCGCCGGCCUUGCAGUCUGUUCCACGCUUCAAGCACUGCCACGUCUUCUGGAAGGAGCGCACACAGCACAAUCCGCUUGUGCUGGAGGUGUGCGUGGACUCGGUUGCUUCCGCUGCUCAAGCACAACAAGGAGGGGCAGAUCGGUUGGAGCUGUGCUGUGCGCUAUCAGAGGGCGGCUUGACACCAACAGUGGGCCUGGCCAAAGCCGUGGUCUGCGCCGUCUCCAUUCCCGUGUUUGCGCUGGUUCGGCCAAGGGCGGGCGAUUUUCUGUUCAGCGAGGCCGAAGUGCAAAUCAUGGUGGACGACAUUGAGGCGCUACGCGCGUGUGGGAUUCAAGGGUUUGUGAUUGGCGCGCUGAACGCAGACGGUGACGUGGACACGGCAGCGAUGAAGAAGCUGCUGGCCGCGUGCGGACCGCUGCCCGUCACCUUCCACCGCGCGUUUGACAUGGUGCGGGACAUGCGGGCUGCGCUGGCGACGCUUGGCACGGCCUUUGGCGCGAAUCGCGUGCAGCGCGUGCUGACGAGUGGCGGGCGGGCGACGGCACUGGAAGGUGCGCCCGUGAUCUGCAGCCUGGCUGCCACGGCCCGCGAGCACGGCAUCACGCUCAUGGCUGGCGGCGGCGUCUCCGAACACAACGCGCAGCGGAUAGCAAGCGAGGCCGGCGUGGUGGAGGUGCACUGCAGCGCGCGUGCCAGCGUGGACAGCGCUAUGGGCUUUCGCAACACUGCCGUGCACAUGGGUGCUGGUCUCUUCCCGCCAGAGUUUUCCCAUAAACGCGCUUCUGCCCCGCGCGUGCAAGCCAUCAAGCACGCCCUCUCUGCCGCUGAGUGACGUGGGGAAUGGUUGGAGAUUGAGGGAACGAUUGGAGGGAAUGCGAGAGGGAAGCAGGGAUGCAUGGUGAUAGUGAUGGAUGGUGAUGGAUGGUGGUGAUGGAUGGUGAUGGAUGGUGAUCCUUGCGGCUGUGGGUGCACCUGGUUAAUCGACAUCAUAAACAGUAGUCCAC